UUCUGAUUGGAUUGAUUAUAUGUGGACUAUUGGUUAUCACAUUAACCGUGAUCGUCAUUGUGCAAGCUAUAUACAACAUGAAGACUAAUAAAAGAAUGCAAUGUCUUGCCGAUACUAUUAACAACUUGACAGGAAAUCCAGAUCCAGUUGCAACAACCAGCCGUUCAAAUUCAGCAUAUUCUACUUUAAAUCAAGAGCAAGCUUAUGAUUUACCUGAACGACAAUACGAUAAAAUUUCUGAUGCUUUUAAAAUGCAGAGGUCUGAGGCAAACAGUGACAGUUUGACAAGAAAUCCAGAGACUGUUGCAACAAGCAAUCCUUCAAAUUCAGCCUAUACCACUUUAAAUCAAGAGCAAGCUAAUGACCCUCAUGAGCAUUAUUACAAAGAACUUGCGAACAUAACGUUUCAAAGUACUUAGAUAUGGGGUAAUAGAUACAGUUAAACAUCUCUAAAUGCAAGUGAAAAACUUUUAAUUCAUGUUAGCAUACAUUAUAAUAAUUU